AAAAGAGAGAAUUUUGGCUAUGGAGCAGCAGCGGCAGCUUCUCUGCGACGAUGUUUUCUGCGGUGCGAUGCGGUGGAUGGACGGGGAAACUCUGGCAAUUGCCGGGUGUGUGAGCUCCAGCUUUCACAGGGAAUCCAGGAACGAGCAGCUCUGGGAGGAUUUGUGUGCCGGGAAGUGGCCGUCGGUAUCGUGUGCUCGGCCACUCAUCCAGCAGCUCGGAGGUUUCCACAGGCUCUACUCGGAGUGCUCCAGGCUCGUCUCGCCGGAUGGUUCACCGCCGCCGACCAAAGCUGCGGUUUUUAGUCCGCAGGCCUCGGAUUUUGCUUCGCUCGUCGACGUCCAGUUCCAGGGGAAGACUUUGUUUUCCAGGUUCGUGGAUGGGAUUCCAGGCACCGGCACCGAACUGACGACCGAGUGGUUCUCGAGCUGCCCGUUUAGAGUGGACUUGAUACAGGAGUCGUCGUGUCUUCCCCAGCAGGAUCGUGGUGGUCGAAUGGAAGAAGACACGCUGUCGAGCUCUUCAUCCUCUUCCACGGAGAUGGGAAAGCUCUGGAAGGAGAUUUCCGAGGGGAUGAAACUGAGCUGGAUCCUUAUCGACAAGGGGAGCAAGCAGGCAGCGAACUUGUCGAGCUGGAGGCCGGUCUUGGGUCAGAGGCACUGGCCGACCGACAUGGAUUUCAUCCUUCGAUACGGCUCGAUCCUCUCGCAGUGUCUACCGAAGCCAGUCGAGUGCAGCAUAAUUCUCAAGUGUAGGUUGCUGCGAUCGUCAGGCUCGUCGAUCGAGAUCAAGCUGACGGAGCUGAGCAUGCAACUCAAGGACGUUGGCAGCGGCGAGCAUCUGAAUGGAAGGGACGGAUUACCGGUGCUGUGCCAGGCUGUGAGCUUUGCCAAGUGUAGAGACGAGGAGCGCGUGUUGAGAACUCACAGGGAGCUGCUCAAGCGGCAGAACGAGCUCAAGGUCCACGAGCUCAAGCACGAAUGGUGUUUGGAUGUUUACGUGCUGGUGCUCGUACUCGCGGCUCUGGCGCUUCUCCUGUGGACGGUUUAAGAUGUAAAUUUUUUGUUCAUCGUUUUUUCUUUGUGCGAUAUCAAAACAGGAUUUUUCCGCAUGAAUGAAUGAAUGAUUCGAUUGUAUAGAAGGUUCCAAACUUGCG